UUAAGCAUCAUCAUAUCACCCCUAUAAACGCGAUCUUCCAUAGUAUUAAUUAAUUGGUUCGUUCCUAGUAGAGAGACUGUUUUCAGCUAGAACUAUUUUCCACAUAAACAAACUAGAUAGAGAUCGAUGGCAGGAAGUUAUUAUUUAGCCCCUGAGUAUGACGACCUCUCAUGUAACAUCUCUACAAACUUCACAUCAAUAUUCCAAGACAACAACAUGUCAUCUUCUGUCCACUUCAUGACAAACUUGCCUUAUUAUCAUCAACCUAGCUCAAAUCCUCAAAUACCCAUGGUUGAUCUAGUAUAUUCACAAUCUUCAUCUUUGAGUUAUAAUAACUCAAGCACCUCAGAUGAAGCCGACGAGAACCAGAUGAGCAUCAUCAAAGAGAGGAAACAAAGAAGGAUGAUAUCGAAUAGGGAAUCAGCUAGAAGGUCUAGGAUGAGGAAACAGAAGCAGUUGGAUGAGCUAUGCACACAAGUCAUGCGGCUCAGAAACGAGAACCACGGGCUCAUGGAAAAGCUCAACCGAUUUUCACAAACCCAUGAACAAGUUAUUCUAGAAAAUGAUAAUCUCAAGAAAGAAACGUCGGAGUUAAGAAAAUUGCUUAGUGAAGCACAACUUGCUAGUACUUAUACUAACUUGCGAGAUCUAGAGGACGAUCACGAGGUGGUGCUUGUUCCUUCUUGCACCACUGCUCAUCUCAAGGCUAGAUCAUCCUCUACAAACUUCACCACUAAAAACUCAUCUGAUCUGCUUCAUUAACUUAAUUUACCAAAUUAGUAUACAUGCCAUAAUUAGUCUAUCGGUAAUAAAUAAACUGUUUGAUUAAGCAAAUGUAGAUCAUAGUUUUCGUGUUCUUAUUCUUUUAUAUAUCUUCUUGGUUGAUUUGCUUGA